UGUUGGACUGCACGGAUGAUACAGUAUACUCGGCGAAGAUGACAACACCGAUCGUCCACAGGGAAACAGCUAAACAAAAUCGACAUAUCAUUGUGAUUGCGCCCUUUGUGGUUCUUGCAUCAUUUUCCCCGCUGAUAAGAGAGUACUAGUGAAAUGGCAAACGUAAUCGAAGCACGAUUGUCAGUUUAUGCUUCGUUUACUGCUCAUACCCUGUACCUGUUUCGCAUGUCUACUGCGGACGGAGAACUAAGGUCCUUUGUUGUGCCGUAGAUAUUUUAAAUAUUUGAACGCUAAGUAGAGUCGACAUUUGUCAUGUGGGACUACGCAAAAUACUCCAGCCAACGGUGGCAUCAACGGAUAGUGCUCAUUGCUCUGUGUCAAAUGAUUCGAAUGGCUGUACCAACCAAUGAAAUAUGGCCUGUUGAGCGGCCAGAUGGAAUGCCCUCAAUAACUGCAUUGGAAGUGAUGUGCGGUAAAGAUCACAUGGAUGUACACCUUUCGUUUUCAGCACCAUUCGAAGGCAUCGUAAGCUCCAAAGGACAACACAGCGAUCCGCGGUGUAUUUACGUACCUCCUUCCACUGGGAAGACAUUUUUCACAUUCAGAAUUUCUUACUCACGCUGCGGCACGAAACCGGAUUUGAACGGCCAGUUCUACGAAAACACUGUGGUGGUUCAGUAUGAUAAAGACCUACUCGAAGUGUGGGAUGAGGCGAAGCGAUUGCGCUGCGAAUGGUUUAAUGAUUACGAAAAAACUGCCUCUAAGCCCCCGAUGGUUAUUGCUGAUCUGGACGUGAUUCAACUAGACUUUCGCGGAGACAACGUUGAUUGUUGGAUGGAAAUACAGCAGGGCAAAGGGCCUUGGGCACCGGCUGUUAGUGGGAUCGUACCUCUUGGCUCCACCAUGACCCUGGUCGUGGCGAUCAACGAUUUUCGUGGAGAGUUUGAUAUGCGUGUAAAGUCAUGUGUAGCAUCUGAUGGUGCCGGUCAUGUAAUCAAACUAUCGGAUGAGUAUGGGUGCGUGCUGCGUCCGAAAAUGAUUUCCCGCUUCCUGAAGGCCCGAGCUCCUGACGACAAGGCUUCCGUGAUCACGUACGCCUUCUUCCAUGCGUUCAAAUUCCCAGAUGCGUUGAGUGUUCAUAUCAAGUGCAAAGUGGAGAUCUGCCGGCACGGUUGUCUGGACCAUUGUCAGCACAGUGGUGCCGUUGGUGUUGGUACCCCGGGUACCCCGGGUAGCUUGAAGCAUGAUCUACUCGAGCGCAAGGACACGUUGAUUAGCCAGAACACGAACAACGUACUGGAAGACUCGGACGAGGAAAUCGAUUCCGGUAUGAAUGGGCAGGAAGUGUACUACGACGAUAUCAUACACAGCGAAAAACACUUCAGCCAGUACAAGAAACCGUUACCGAACCAGGGGGACCGAAAGAAGGACAACUAUCACCAGUACCACCAUCACAAUCGCGAGCCGAUCGACGGCCUUGAAACGCUAUUUUUGAACGACCAUUCUACACUGUCAGCAGACAUCAUGAAGAAACAAUCGCUUCCCAUUCACCAGGGAGGAACUGGCGGUCCAGGUCCCAGAGAACCCGGCCAUCCGGGAGUGCUUGGCAUGCCGGGAAUGCUGGGAGGACCGAGCAUGCAAAGCAUGAAGGGAAUUCUGGGUACCGGAGGAGCAACCGGAAAGUAUCCACCACCGCCACAUCAACCACUUCAACAAAUACCCCAGAAAGGUGUUCCUGGCCCCGGUACUCCGAUGGACGAUGAUAAGUUCCCGCACGGGCCUCGUCAGAUGGAUGCCGAAAAGCGAAUGGGAAUGCCUGCGGUGGCUGGGCCACGAGCACUGAACCUGGAUACCAGGGAUGUGCAGAACGAGAGCUACAACCAAGCAGGUUUCCGUAUGCGACAACGACGUUCGGUGUAUGUGACAGACCGCAAGGUUCGUGCGGCGGACAUUGGGGUCAGCGGUAUCUAUGAAGUUAUUUCAGAGGCAGACCUAGCCUUCAAACCCGACAGUAAACAGGAAGCGGUUACUGUUUUCCAGGGAAAAAUUACCGAGGAAGUUGUAUACGGCAUUUGUAUGCCUGUCCCAGGGUUCAGUAUUCUUUUCAUAUUGGUCAUUUCGGCAACCAUUAUUUCGACACUUGUCGCUGGCUCUCUACUGUACAGAUAUCAGCUACAGAAGGAUAUCAUAGCAAAUCGAUCGCAAGCUCAGAAUGCCCCGAUGAACUCCAUAGCCACUUGGAUGACAUUGCGCCUAUUCCGUUCUAGGCACAAUGCUGCCGCAGUGAGAGGCGCCGGCGUGCGCCCAAUGGAUCUUAGUGCCAGUAACCAGUGAGAUCAUCUGUUGCGCACAUAAAUUCUCCAUAAUUAGUCGUAAUAAUUUCAUUCAGCCUCUCUUCGACAAUCUUAAGCAUUUCAUUCAUUCUAAACAUUUCAUUGCCCCACUCCCGGUUUCCCGAUGGUAAUUGUAUACUGUUUGUGUUUUUCGUUAACUCAAUGUCAAAUAAUGUCAUCAACUUUUAUCUAUUAAGUUCUUCCUUUUCUCGGGUUUAUUGCAAUAUAUGUUUAUCAAUUAAUUGACUAUUGAAGGAAAUGCAAACCAAGAUAGAAGCAAAGAAAACAUAGGCAAUAGGCAAUUGGCAAUGGAUUUGUUAUUAGUUAGGGUGGUAGUAGAACUAAAUGGGUAGGUCUGAUUCCCGGGAUCAUUGUUCACCUCGGCUGCAAUCUAUAUUAUUGCAAUGAUCGUCGUUACUUAGAAUCACGAACUUGUAUCUUAGAUUUGAUUUACUUGUUCAACCUAUACGUUUCAUUAUAUGUAUCUGAGGUACUGCUUGCAGGCAGACCAAGCGUACCGGGUUUGUGAAACUAGCAAAGAUUAAACUAAACUCCGUUUUAGAGUAUAUUUAUUUAACCUAAUCGAUUAGAAAGCAAACGGUUACUGGCCCGAGAUAUAUAGAGUGGUUUGGAUGAACACUAAAGGUUUACCAGUAAAGCGUGGUGGAAGCGCCACACCCAAAGUUAGCCGAUGAGCAUCGUAUCGAAACAGUCUACAAGUAUUUAGUUGUGACACGUUAUUAGACUGAAGUCCAUUUGGUAAAACUGUAACACAAUUGCUUUAGUCCAAGAUCCACUGCAGGGUCUCCAGAACAGUACAGAAGCAAUAAUUUAAGUGUAAGUUAUCGGGGAUGGAAAACAGAGCAAUGCGCAAGAUAGUAUCGUUUCAGGUUGCGUAGAAAAUUAUUUAUUUAUUUAAAAUUACUCACUCCGCCUGUUGGUACUCUUUUGUGUAAUGUGUGUGUAAUUAUUGGCUUAAUUCGAGCAGCAUGUAUAUUGAAAUUAACUUAUUGACGAGCGUUACGAAUGUCGA